ACAAAAACAAAAACAAAAACACAUACAUAUAUCCUACAAUUGUUGGAGCAAUCAUCAACCAAUCGAACUCGACCGAAUUAUUCAUUCAUUCAUUCACUGGAAAACUAAAGGCAAUAUCAUGGGAAGAACAAUGGUCAUCAUCAGGCUGUUAUUGCUGGUAUCUUCACUUGUCUUAUCAGCAUCAAGAAGAAUACCUUCUUCUUCUCAUUCUUCUGGUAACAUUGAUUGGUGGUGCAACCUAACGCCACACCCUGGAACAUGCAAGUAUUACUUAGGUAAAAGCAACCAACAGCACACAACAAUAAUCAAGCACAAAACCGAGUUGAGGAGCAUGCUUGUGAAAUCUGCAUUAGAGGAAGCAACCAUCAUGCAAAAGGAAGCACACGGUUUGGACCAAAACUUGAUCAAGACAAAGAACCAUGAAGCUGUGCAUGGCGAUUGCUUGAAGCUCUACGACGACACCAUCUUCCAUCUCAAGCGUACCCUCGAAUGCCUUAACAACAACAACUGUUUAGCGGUUGAUGCACAGACAUGGCUCAGCACUGCUCUCACAAACAUCCAAACGUGUCAAACGGGUGCACAAGAACUCAGCGUUCAAGAUUUCAAGGUUCCAUCUAAGAACACCAACGUCACUGAGAUGGUGAGGAACAGCUUAGCCAUCAACUUGGAUUUUGUCAAGAUGAUGAAGCAACAACCACAAGCAAAUCGCACAUUAGCAGAAGCAGAAGUAGAGGGAGAAGAAGAAGAAGCAGAAGACGAUUUUCCGAGCUGGUUUUCCGGUCACGAAAGGAGGCUUCUUCAAUCUAGCGCGAUAAAGGCUCACGUUGUGGUGGCGAAAGACGGAUCGGGGAAUUUCAAGACGGUGCAAGAAGCGCUGAACGCGGCGGCGAAGAGAACCGUGAAAACAAGCAGAUUUGUAAUACACGUGACAAAAGGAGUAUACAAAGAAAACAUAGAGGUGGAGAAAAACAACGAUAACGUGAUGCUGGUUGGUGACGGCAUGAGAAACACCAUCAUUAGCGGCAGCAGAAGUUCUCAAGACGGUUACACAACAUACAGCUCCGCAACCGCCGGCAUAGAUGGGCUUCACUUCAUCGCAAGAGACAUCACUUUCCAAAACACCGCGGGCCCACGCAAGGGCCAAGCUGUGGCCCUGAGAUCCGCCUCCGACCUCUCUGUGUUCUACAAGUGCGGCAUUGUGGGCUACCAAGACACGCUCAUGGCCCACGCCCAGCGCCAGUUCUACAGACAGUGCUACAUCUACGGCACCGUUGACUUCAUCUUCGGCAACGCCGCCGUGGUCUUUCAAAACUGUCACAUAUUUGCAAGAAAGCCCCUGGAUGGGCAGGCCAACACUAUCACCGCACAGGGCCGAGGGGAUCCCUUCCAGAACACCGGCAUCUCCAUCCACAAAUCCGUUAUCAAAGCCGCACCCGAUCUCGUUCCUGUUUUGGACAAGGUUCAGACCUUCUUGGGCCGGCCCUGGCAGCAGAACGCUAGGGUUGUUGUUAUGAGGACUUACUUGGACUCUCUAAUAAGCCCAUUGGGCUGGGAUGAAUGGAAUGGAUCUGACUUUGCCAAGGAUACUUUAUAUUUUGGAGAGUAUGAGAAUUCUGGGCCUGCUUCCGAUACAAGCAAAAGAGUGAAGUGGCCCGGUUUUCAUGUGAUAUCAAACCCAAAAGAGGCUUCACAAUUCACUGUGACUUCUCUUCUUGCUGGUCGCACCUGGUUGCCUACCACAUCUGUUCCCUUCAGCUCUGGCCUCUGAUUCUCAUGUAGUUUGUUUUCAGCAUUCAUUCUUUUGUACAUUUGAGCAAGCGAGAGAAAUUAUUAUUUGUGUGUCUUUGAUCGAAAUUAAAUUAAAUUAAAUUAAAUUAUUAUUUCA